CAGCACGAUACUUAUUAUGUGAAACCAUAACCUUUGUCCUGAACUGGGAUCACCGAUAAAACCACACUGCAAGAUGUCAAUGAUGUACUAUUGGAGUUAGAGGUUCUGCACAAAUAUCCUAUAAACGUAGUUGGAGUUGGUCCUGGUCAAUCAGUCGCAGUAACCUGCUACUGUCCUGCUGAAUACACUGGCUCAUUGAUAAUGGCUGUCCUUGGUAAAAUAGAGAUACUGCAAACAAGAGGAGUGAAGAAAUUUAUAGUAGGCAACUGUAUUAUGUGGGAUGCUACUCAGGUAGUGAGUGAGAAUAUAGAGGGGACAAACUUGCUUGUACAGAUUAAUGAUUUGAAAGCUGCUUUAAAAGACAGAGAUGAAAGGAUGAUGGCUAUUGAAGCAGAGUUAGCAAAAUUUAAGGAACUAUCAGAAAGCAAAUUAAAAGAAAUAGAAAGAUUAAAAAGAGACCUUAAAGAAAGCCAAUGCAUCAAUGUUCAAAAUGAAGAAGUAAUUAAUGAACUAAAGGAGACAAUUUUAUCACUGGAAGACAAUGAAGAUACAUUAAAUGAAGUUAUAGAAGUUACUGAGAAUGACUUAGCAUCAUUGAAGGAGCUGUCAGAGACUAGACUACAAGAAAUAGAACAACUGAAACUGAAACUUGGAUACAAUAACACACAAGAAAAGGUGGUGUGGAGUCAGAACAGUGUACAACUCACGAGUCCGUCAGUAGAUCAAUGCAUAGAGGUAAUCAGUGAACUUGAAGAGGAACAUGAGAGUAUUACACUCAAAGACUCAUCAUCUGAUAGUACACAAUUCCUAAUGCCAAUUAUAUUGGAGAGAGGAACAAUAAAAGGAAUUACUAUAUACUCUUCAUUGUUAUCACGUGCUGAUAUCCUCUCAUUCUCCUCUCAACUAUCAACAAACAAAUCAUUGACAACUCUAGUCCUAACUACUGGUUCAAUUGGUAAUAAUGGAGUCAUGGCACUAGCUGAAUCACUGCAAUAUAAUAAAACUCUUGAAUACUUGUAUCUUAGUUACAACUAUGAUUUAACUAUCACUUCUGUUAGUGCAGAGUCACUAGCUGAAUUUUUACUUGUUAACACCACACUCAGUUGCCUUUAUCUUGACCAUACUGGCAUGACUACUGAUGGAGUAAUGAUACUAAUGGAAUCACUCAAGACCAAUAAUACACUAGAGGAACUUUGGCUGGAUGAAAAACACAAAAAAAUAUGCACUACUUUACCUUACUAUGAUCAUAUCAAAGACAAACUAUAUUUUUUGUAGACAAAUUAAUAAGUUUUAACGUUUAAUAAUUAUUAAUAAUACACAAAUUUAAUACUAAAUUAUCUCAAUACAUUAGUUAUACACAAACAAUAAAAUGCUAUUAAUCAUGUGUUAGUCAUGUGACAGUCAGUCAGUACAGCUGUUGAUUCUUA